CUUUUAAGAGCCAAUCAUUCUGAAGUUCACCUGCAACAUUUUAUACAUAGUUCCCACAAAUCCAUAAUCUCCUUCUCCACCUUCAACAUAUCUUCCAACAGUACACCACUAUCAAAUUCCACCAGAAAACAACUGCACCGACCACCAAGGUCAACCACUUUCAACUUCAGACUGUCAACGCCCACCGGUUGCCGAUCUUGUUAAGUUUUAGCAUUAAGUAAGUCAACGCCCAAGUCAACGGCUCAACCGAAAUAAUAUUAAUUGUGGCAAAUGGAUUUUGUAAGUCCUGUUAUUAUUGAUCCUGUUGUCAAAUCUUUCAUUGAUCCCAUUAAGAAACGCCUGUGUUUCUUGGUAUCCUCUACAAAGUAUGUUAAAGAUAUGAACAAGGAAAUGGACCAGCUAAAGCUCACAGAACAAGAAGUUAAAGAUAAAAAGAAGACAGCUGAUUCAAACAAUCAUGUGGUAUCUCACCAUGUGUCCGCUUGGUUAGAAGAUGUCGAAAAGAUGAAAGAUAAGACUGAAAAUAUUCCCAUGGGUGCAAUCAAAUGGUUCAAUGUGGCAAAGAGAUACAAAGUAGGAAAACAGUCUUAUGCUACUCUUGGCCAGAUAAAAGCUCUCAUUGAACGAGACAAAUCCGAUAUCAAGUGGACAAAUGAACAAAAAUCUCUUGCUAAGGUACUAUCCAAUGUUGCACCAGGAAGUCCGGAUGGUACCCAAUUUAUCUUCGGGUCUAGAGAUUUGAUAUUCAAGGAAGCAUUGAAAUCCCUCGAACCAAACAAUGAGACCCAUAAUAUGAUUGCCCUAUGUGGGAUGGCUGGUGUGGGAAAGACAACAAUGAUGGAACAACUAAAGAAGGCCGUAAAAGAUCCAAAAAUGUUUGAUUGGGUUGUCAAGGUUGUGAUUGGUGAAAACACCGAUCCAAUUUCUCUUCAACAAGCUAUUGCACAGUACAUUGGUAAAGAUUUGACUGAAACAAAUAAAGAUGCAAGGGCUGAUCGUCUUCGUGAAAAAUUGGUGGACAUGUCAGAAGAUGGAAAAAAGAAAAUUUUGGUGAUAAUGGAUGAUAUUUGGAAGGAGGUUGACCUUAAAGAUGUUGGACUAAGUCCUUUGCCAAAAGGGUUCAAGUUGUUGUUGACAUCACGAUUUGAGUAUGUUUGCACCCAGAUGGGUGUUAAACGUGGUUCAAUUUUUAAUUUACGCGUCUUAAAUGAUGCAGAAGCGAGAACAUUGUUUUUUGGAAUUGCAGGACCUAUUUCAGAAGGUGAUGAUCCUCAACUCCAAAAGAUAGGAGAAAAUAUCGUGAAGAAAUGCGGUGGCUUGCCCAUAGCCAUAACAACCAUUGCCAAAAGUCUUAGUGGCAACAUAAAGGAGGCAUGGCAAAAAGCACUUUGGCGUUUAGAGAAAGAUGACCUUAAAGAUCUUGAGAGCAUCACAUAUAGAAUAUUUGAGAUGAGCUAUGAAAAUCUCAAGGAGGAUGAUGAUAAAGCAAUUUUUCUUCUUAGCGCCUUAUUUCCAUAUGAUUUUGAUAUUCGUACAGAGGACUUGUUGAGGUAUGGAUGGGGACUGAAUUUUUUUAAAGAUGUCAAAACUUUACCUAUAGCAAGACGCCAUAUGAAGAUUUGUGUUAACAACCAUAUACGUGCAAACUUAUUGACCGAAAGUGAUCAAAUGGGAUGUGUCAAAAUGCAUGAUCUCGUGCGGGCUUUUGUUUUAAGUAAUUUUUCAAAAGUAAAGCAAGCAUCAAUUGUCAACCACGAUAACAUGUCUGCACUUACAAAAGACACAAACAAGUCUUAUGAAAGGAUUUUAUUAAAGUGCACAGGGAUGCUUGAAUUUCCUACAGACUUUAUUUAUCCAAAACUCUCCCUCUUAAUUCUCAUGGAUGGGAAUAAUCUCCUCAAUAUUAGGGAAGAUAUUUACGAAAGAAUGAAAAAGCUUCAAGUUAUAUCUUAUGAGAAUUUGAGUAUUACGUUGCUUCCAGGAACGUUCGAACACUUAACCAAACUUCGAACACUAUCUCUUCAUUCAUGCUCAUUGAUAAAUGAUAUAUCUUUUCUUGGAAGUCUUAGCAACUUGGAAAUCCUGAGCUUUGCUAAUUGUAACAUAAGUUGGUUGCCAUCGACGAUAGGGAAGUUAAAAAAACUGAAGUUACUAGAUUUGACGGGAUGUGUUGACCUUUGUAUUGAUGAUGGUGUCUUUCAAAACUUGAGAAGUCUUGAAGAGCUUUAUAUGAGAGCUUACAAUGGUAGUCCCAUUAGGUUCACAGAUGCCAACUGUGAUGAACUAGAGACACUGUCACAACGUCUUUUUGCGUUAGAGUUGGAGUUCUUUGAGAAUAAGGCCCAACCAACAAACGUGUCCUUUAAGAAUCUCCAAAGGUUUAGGAUAUCAGUGUCGGAAAGAAGAUAAUAGAUAGUAUAGGGGCUAAUAUGUAACUUGGUGUUCUAUAUAAACACCAUUCUUUGUAACCCUAUUUUUUGAACAAUACAAUUCAAACCCUAAUUGUUGUGA